AUGGCUACAGAUCCGAUAAACCAAGACGAUUUGGAAACUGUGGAAGAGGAUAUUGACCCUAUUUUGGAUAUUAUUGAUUACUUAGUGAGAUGCUCUAACAUAAGAUUCAAAAAUUCUCAUUCUAAUACUACUGAGGUACAUACUAAUGAAAAUAUUAGUGCUGCAUAUGACUUGUAUAAAAAAUCACCGACGCUUUUCUUGAUGCAAUUUGGAAAAUAUCUUUCACCUAAUCAUCUUAAAUAUUUUGAGAAUGUGGAUCACAAUUAUAAAAAUUCGAAAUUCAAACAAUGCUUAGACGACCUCAAAAUAUAUCACUCAACUGAGUGCAGUAGCAGAAGAAUAAGAAACAGACGGUAUAAAGCAAUGCAAAGAAUGAAAGUUGAUUCAGAUUAUUUCAGUGAAAAACAAAUGAUGUACCGCAAUCCACUACUAUACGAGCAACUGGUCGGACAGUUUCUGACAGAUGAGGAAAUUAAGGAAAGGGAUGCCGUCGAUAGUGAAAAUCUUACAUUCCUUGGCAUGAUACUGGAUACAGUCGACAGAAAUGAAAUGAGAGAAAUCAAAAACAAACAAAUGUUAAUGGAUGAGGAUAAUUGCUCCGAGCAGACAAAUGAUUCAGUCGAAGAUGAUUCGGAUGAUGUAAAUGAAAAUGAGAACAAACAUUGGGGUGGCUUUGAUAUCCCAGACACAAAACCAGAGCCCAAACCACAAGAGCAACCACAAUCUAUGAUCAAUGCGAACGAAAGAAAUUUAUUAAGAGAGGAAUUUCUACAGGAAAUGUACAGCAGCUUUAUUGAAGGGAGGGAUAUUAAUUUUGAUUACAAUAGCGUCGAUCACAAUGAAGAAUAUGAUGACUUGGAUCAAAUAUCCCAAGAUGCCGAAGACAAAUAUUUUGAUUCCGAGGACAACAAUGUUACAACACUAGAAGAACAUAUGGCCCUUGUACAUGAGUAUGGAAGGAAGAAUUCAAGUGACAGUGGGAAUGAUCCUUUAGAUGUGUUUAUGCAACACAUAUCAAAUAAACUGCAAUAG